AUGACGCCGGAGUCGACGUCGGUGCGCAAGAUGGACGCAGUGACGCCGGAGAUGGUGACGAAUCCGAGCGCGAUUCUGUCGUCGCCCGAGAGCGAGGCGAGUCCGUAUGAGCCGCGGCGGCGAGCGAUCGAGGAGAGCGAAGCGGCGGCAGCCACCGCCGUUGAUGCGCUGAAUGCGACAAAUGAAGAGAUGCGGUCUCUCAGGGAAGAGCUCGAGGCGACGAGGGAGUGCUUGAAGGAUGCGCGCGCGACCGCGGCGGCGGCGGAGGAAAAGUUUUCCGAUUUCGAAGUCACAUCGCGGAAGGAAAAGAAAGUGUUGAGCAAGGAGAUUCGCUCGCUGCGGCGCCAGCUCGAAGCAGCGAAGUUGGAUAAAAACGAACAGGCAAACAUCAUAUCCGCGGAAGAUCGCACGGCGGUGCUGCGAGACGUCAUGCACGAGGUGAGCGUGUUGCGCAAUCGAGUUCAAGAGUGUACGUAUGAGAAAUUACUGUCCGUGGAAGCGAGUAGCCCGCACGGACACGCAGGUGGAGAUCCGAACGAGCUGCUUGCUGUGAGCGAUAACCGAUUGGCCGUGUUGCUCGCCGAGACGCAGAUUAUGAUAUUAGGCGGCGAGGACGCUCAGCCCUCGAUUUCGGAUUCCCCAGAGAGCGCCGAGGCAGAACAAGAGCUCCUGAACGCCGAGCGCGAGACCCGACAGACGUUCGCAGACUUGCUGUCGGAUCUCAUCAACACGCGCAAGAGUAUCAAUUCGCUCUUACGCAAACACUUUGCGAGAAAGAACGAACCGGCUUCGACGACAGGACUUAGCAGUCGCGUGACGAAUCUCGUGGGCGCGAUAGAAAAGAAACUGACCAUUCCUCAAUAG